AUGGAUUACGAGAAACGCAAAUCUCAUGAGGCGUAUGGCGACGCCGACCCCCCACCUUAUCCCGGCAACAGCGCCGAGUUGCCCACGUACCAAACGCCGACACUCAACAACUCAACUUCAGACUCCAGAGGGCUGGUCCCCGCCACAGCCCGAUUCCCGCCGACACUGAAUUGCUAUUACCAGUGGAAGUGGAAAGAAAUUUACUACCUUGGUCCCUCAUCCGAUGAAAGGAUGUUCGCCAUCACUUUCGACAAAACCAUCUUUUCCAGGAAACAAACAAUGCUUCUUCGCAAUGGACCUUCAGAUGAGGCUCCAGUCCUGGCAACUGCAAGCCGAAGUGUCAAGGGGUGGUACGAGAACGCCAUCAUCAACGUAAACAAGCCCCACGGUAGCGGCAACGAUAUCGCCUUCGAGAGACCGGCAAACACCGGGUGGAGAAAGAGUGAACAGCGCGCCUUUCACUAUCGGACGGGCAAGGGCAUUGUGGAAGAGUUCCAAUGGCGAACGUCUCACGGAAACGAAAUCAAGGAGCUCGCCGGUCACUCCGCGGGCUGGAAGCUGGUGCGCAUGAUGGGCCCGGAAACCAUAGGAGGAAGUUCGAAGAAUCCACAACUGGGAUACUCGAGUGACGGACACGAGGUUGUGGCAGUUCUGGCCCACAACACGUCGUGGAGCAUGACCAAAGGAUACAAGUUUGCAUUCAUGGGAACCGGUCUUACGGGGACCUUGGGCGAGGAGUGGGAGGCAAUAGCUGUGCUUACUGGAUUCUGGAUGUGGUGGCAGCAGCAGAUGACAGCGGCAUCUACGGGUGCUGCUGGUGCCGGCGCUGGAUGA